GCGACCUCCACCUGCUGGAGGAGGGACGGGGCGGGGCUAAGACGAGGAGGGAGGUGACGCACCAGAGACCCAGAUCUCCCCACUUCGCGCCCGACCCCCACCGAGGCCCAGACCGCAGCAGGCUCCUCCGGCUGCCGCUCGGUUAAAAAUGGUUGCCAGGAUGGUUUCUACCAUGCUGUCUGGCCUAGUGUUUUGGCUGACAUUUGGAUGGACUGCAACAGCUGCUUAUAGCCCGAGAACCCCUGACCGGGUCUCAGAAACAGAUAUCCAGAGGCUGCUCCAUGGUGUGAUGGAGCAGCUGGGCAUUGCCAGGCCACGGGUAGAGUAUCCAGCUCACCAGGCCAUGAACCUUGUGGGCCCACAGAGCAUCGAAGGUGGAGCUCAUGAAGGUCUUCAGCACUUGGGUCCCUUUGGCAACAUCCCAAACAUUGUGGCAGAGUUGACCGGUGACAACAUUCCCAAGGACUUCAGUGAAGACCAGGGCUACCCAGACCCUCCAAAUCCCUGUCCAGUUGGAAAAACAGUAGAUGAUGGAUGUCUAGAAAACACCCCUGACACAGCAGAGUUCAGUCGAGAAUUCCAGUUACACCAGCACCUUUUUGAUCCAGAACAUGACUAUCCAGGCUUGGGCAAGUGGAACAAGAAGCUCCUUUAUGAGAAGAUGAAAGGAGGACAGAGACGCAAGCGGAGGAGUGUCAAUCCAUAUCUGCAAGGACAGAGACUGGACAAUGUUGUGGCAAAGAAGUCAGUCCCUCAUUUUUCAGGUGAGGAUAAGGACCCAGAGUAAAGCGAAGAUGUUGAGUGGAAACCCACACGACCUGACCCGUCAGACCUCCUUGGUGUUGCUUAUGUGCACUCGUUGUCAGAGCCCCUGUGAAUGGCAGCAUGUUUCUAAUUUAGACAAGUAUGGAUGAAAAGCAGCUGUAUUUUGAUAUCCUAUUGUCCUUCACACUGAUAGCUCUGCUUUCUGCUAAAUUAGGAUAAGAGCUUUUUUCCUUUAAAUGUGGAGCUGCAGUGAGCAUUAAAAUUAAAAUGUAUGUGUCAAUAACAAUAAAAAGCAAAUGAAUGAAAUGUCCUCCGAUUUCUUACAGUUUAAAAUGGUGUUUCGGGUGGCACUGUUUUGGCCAAGUCUGUAAAAGGCUGGCAUUUGAUUUUGAUUAUGUAGUUAAUCCAGCCCUUGGGCAUUAUUACACACCAAUAAAGAAGAUUGUACCCAGGAGGAGCUGACACAUUUCACUUGGCCGCAUCUUAAUAAAUGUGUAUGCAAGCGUGA